GAGAGCCCUUUUCUUUGCUGGAGGACAGGACAAGGCAGAGCUAUCCAGAGGCAAGCCGAGGAAGCAGAGCUAUCCAGAGGCAGCAACCAGGGAUUGUUCUGGCCAGAGAGGUGGGGAAAGAACCAACAGUAGCUUGACUUGCAUCCCAACGCAAUGGGUUUGCUAGACUGCUGUGCAAGAUGCCUCAUCGGGGCACCCUUUGCCUCCCUGGUUGCCACCGGCUUGUGUUUCUUGGGGGUAGCACUCUUUUGUGGUUGUGGGCAUGAAGCCCUCACUGGCACUGAGCACCUGAUCGAGACCUACUUCUCCAAAAACUAUCAGGAUUAUGAGUAUCUGAUCGAUGUGAUCCAUGACUUCCAGUACGCCAUUUACGGGAUUGCAGGGUUCUUCUUCCUCUACGGAGCCCUCCUGCUGGCCGAAGGUUUUUACACCACCGGCGCUGUCAGGCAGAUUUUUGGCGACUACAAGACCACCAUCUGUGGCAAGGGCCUCAGCGCUACGGUAACAGGGGGCCACAAGGGGAGGGGUCCGAGAGGACACCGUCAAGCUCACUCUUGGGAUUUGGUGUGUCACUGUUUGGGCAAAUGGCUAGGACAUCCCGACAAGUUCGUGGGCAUCACCUACGUCCUGGCCAUCCUGUGGCUCCUCGUCUUGGCCUGCUCUGCAGUCCCGGUCUACAUCUACUUCAACACCUGGACCACCUGCAACUCCAUCGCUGUCCCCAGCAAGACCUCCGCCAGCAUCGGCAACUUGUGCACUGACGCCAGGAUGUACGGUGUCCUGCCUUGGAACGCCUCUCCGGGAAGAGUGUGUGGACAAAGCCUGCUUUCUAUCUGCAAGACAGCUGAGUUCCAGAUGACGUUCCACCUGUUUAUUGCUGCCUUUGUGGGUGCUGCAGUCACACUGGUGGCUCUGCUCACUUUCAUCAUCGCAGCCACCUACAACUUUGCGGUCCUGAAACUGAUGGGCCGAGGCACCAAAUUCUAAGGGCCGGGAGGGAGAGAUGCUGCAUUUACAAGACGCCUUUUCUAACUCCAAGGCUUUAACCCAACGCAGCCGCCGCCGCUCCAUACCAGGCCUCUGCCUCUAACUCCGCCCGCCCGCCCAUUCUCCCUCCUCUUCCUCGAUGCUAUUUGACACAGAGCGUGGGGCGGGGAAGGCCAGGGCCCAGCGACAGACCGCUCUUUGUGGCGCCCUUCUCUCUCUCUCUCUCUCUCUCUCUCCUGUGGCUCUGCUCUCCCAGCCAAGCUCUUUGGAAAACAGGACCCACCCACCCCCACCUGGAGUUCACCACCAGCAAGUGGGCAGAGGCGGCACCAGCUUCCCAGCUCCAAAGAGGGAAGGAGACCAAUGAAAGCAGGAGGCUCUUCCACUGCCCGAGCAGCAAGACUGCAGAGAGAAGGAAGCCGGUAGGGCUGGCUGUGCUUGCUGGAGGCUCACCUGCCUCGACACCACCGAAAACAGAACUUCCUUCCAUCUUUGUAGAAGAAGAAGAAGAAGAAGAAGAAGGGAGGACCAAAGGGAGAGAGAACCAGCACUGGUGCUGCCCAAGCAAAGAGGGGCUGGAGCAAGGAUCUCCCCACCAUGGGAAGGGAGCACUGACCCUCCAAUGCUGAUAGACUUGCCCUCCCUUGCCGUGGAGGAGCUUGGCGCCCCCAUAGCUAAGGGGUCUCCAUGGGCAUCCACAGGACUUUCCUGGGUGGGGGCAAAACCAGCAGUCCAAUACCCCCCUCCCUCGGAUUAUGCCCCAUUGAAUUCAAUGGCACUGGUUCUAUCCAGGGGAGGGCAACUCUAGCCGCCGCUGCCCCGGACACGCGUGGGGACCUCUUGUCUUCAUACCUGGACAGAGAAGAGCAAAGCUCUUCUUGCAUCGUCUGUGCCGCCUGCCACACCUCUAACCUCUUGGGCAGGAGUUGGCCUUAUUCUCCCAAGGGCAUCAGUAACCAGCAGCUUGAGUGUGUAACACUAGAGGCUCCUUUGCUAUGUGGGGGACCACUCCUGCCCUUUGGGGCUGCCCCCUCAUGCUGCCGUCUGCCUUCUUGCCUUUUGCAGCUAGCCGAGGAACUGAACUUUCUCCAACCUUCACUAUGGUGCUUCUCUCUUCUAGUGACAUUUGCUUCCUUCCUGUAUUCUUUACACUGGUGGCCUUUUUUUCCUUUUUCCUUUUUCUGCAGAAUAUAACUUUUUGCUUCUUUUGAUUCUUGUUACAAAUCGUUAUUUCCUGCAAGUUGUAGACCUUGGCCACAAACCUGUCCACGUUCCGGUUAUGUGGAGUCUCCCAUCUUGGUUCAUUUACAGCCCAGAUUAUCCAAAAGGCCUUCAAAGAUCAAAGAACAGAAGUGCACAGAGUUAUUUUUUUAUUCCCAGAAUAGUUAAAUGAGUUGAUUAUGUAGCACGCACACACACACACACACACCCGUCUCCUCUGGGUCUCAUACAACUAUACCAAGUAACGAUAAUUGAUGGGCCGAAAAUGCAACUGGAUUUUUUUGUAGAUACCAGUGCAGGAUUGGGACUUCGUGAUUUCAAUCUGCUAAGGGAAUCCACCAGUAGAGGCCACCCAUGGCAGCUACACAGUCACCACACUCAUGCAACCACAACACUGGGAAGUGAUGGGUCCGUGACUGCUGAGACUUCCCAGCUCCCUUCUGAAGCACAUGCAGAGAGGUCCGCGGGUUUGGUGUGUGUUUAUGGCAGGAACCAAGACACAGGACAUCAGAUGGCAGGAAUUUUUAAUGCUGGUCUUAGCCAAGGUGGCCUAGGCUUAUGCCCCAUUGAAUUCAAGGAGGAGGAGGGCUGGCCCAGGUAGCCAAAUGAAUAGGUUAGGCUAUCAACACACAGGGGGUUAGGGAGGAGGGUGGAAGGUUGGGGCCACAAGGGGUGAGACCUCAGGAACCAGCUGAGAUCAGGACAAGUCAAGCCAGCCAGCCCUCCCUUUGAUUCCUAUAAUAUAUAAUAACCAGAACUCAUGCCUGCCCAACCCCGACCUGCCUUCCCCAAAAAGAGAUACAAGGGGGAAAGCAGUUAAUAAGCUCAAAGUGUUUUCUUCAUUCCUGAUCUUGAAUUUCCAGUUUUUAACCAAGCAUAAAGGAUCAUGUUUUUAGAGACUUACCUUACAAGGUGUAUUUUAUAAAAUUAAAGAAAAUAAAACUUAAGAAUGUUCUGAACCA